AUGGCCAAGAGCUGCGGCUUAAUCAAUAGAGCCCACGAUAGCAUCAACAAAGGGUUUCAAAUACCAUCUUACUUUUAUGGUUUGACGACUGAACUCCUGACUAGAAGGAAGGAGGAAGAAGCAAGCCAUCCUGUUUUCGAGCUGGGAAUGAGGAGUGAAAGGACGAAUGGGAUAAGGGCUUGGUCCUUUCUACCUGUGCAUCCAAGAUUUGUGACCAAAAAUUUUUAUCUAGAGAAGCGGCAACACUCUUUGGAGGUAUUGCGCAGUCCGGUAGAGGCCGAAAAGCUCCUGGUCAGUCCAGCCAAUGAGUCUCUAGCAGGAUCCGAAUAG